AUGAGAACUUCAAAUGGAGCUAGAAUCAAGACAUGGGAGGGAGGAAAGGGAUAUGCUAGGAAGAUCACAUAUGAAGAUAUUGAAUUUAACGAAGUUAAGAAUCCUAUAAUUAUUGACCAUACUUACAAUCCUAAAAUAUAUGAUGAUGACGAUGGAAAAGGUGUGGCAGUGACUGAUGUUAUUUUUCGCAAUCUACGUGAAACAUCGACCGAAGAUCCAAUCCAACUAAAAUGCAAGCCUAAUAUUAGUUGCAUCAACAUUGAACUUGAUAAUAUUAACAUUACUCGUAUUGAUAAUGAAAAAUCACAUACGUCAGUAUACUAA